AUGAUUCCUCGGUUUGUAGUGCACCUGCCUUGGCGGACAAUGCUGAUUGUGCUGCUGUUUCAAUUCGAACGUGAUUUGGCUGGCUUCAGUGUGCGGAGACAAAAGCCUUUAAGACUAGUCAAGAAGGAGGCCGGGCUAUCUCAUACCAAGAAAGUCGACAUCAGCGACCGACCCCUCAGCAAAGACGGCAAGCUUCUCCUCUCCAAAAUCACAGAAGCUGGGUCUAGGGGCGACUGGUGGCAAGUUCAAAAGCUGUUUGCUGGCUAUGCCGGAACGGAGUUGCCAAUAUUUCAUGCUGUCAUGCAACAUGCUUUCAACCUUGAGCAGAUUCGAGCUGGUGCUGAGGUCUAUAGAAAGCUUUGUGCGAUGAAGAUUCCACAGAACGCACCAACUUUCUCGAUUGGUCUUAAAAUCUUUGCACGACUUGGGCUGAGGGAUGACGUCGAGGAUAUAUGGAAGAAGGCAAGAGCAACAUGUGAACUGGACGAGUAUCUCGCCGGAGCACGUAUUUUUGCGGCUGCAGCACACGGGGAUGUGCCAACUGCAGCAAGCAUUUUGGAUGAAAUGAACAAGACGGGUGUUCAAAAAAGUGUUUGGCAUAUCAACUCUGCGAUUCGAGCCUGCUGGGAAGCCGAAGGCAAGAAUGACAAUGCUGCUGAUUUCUUGUUUCAGUAUCUACGCUCCCUUGGACUCGAGCCAGAUGAUAUCACUUACACAUGUCUAAUCGGAGCCUAUUCUGAUGCCAGCUUGCAGAAGAUACAGGCAGCAUACCAGGAAAUGAAAAUUCGCGGAAUUAUGCCAACCACGGCCUUAUUGAAACCUACUUGGUGA